CCGCCACCACCACCAUGACUGAAGGACUUCUCGACACCUCAAACAUGGAUGCUCUCCUGCAUCUUUACAAAGACCUCAUCAACAGCGACGACCACUUUGUCUCCAUAGGUGGACUGCAAAGGAACCUGCACAAACUGCCGUCGAAUUCGAUGACCCCUUCUCAGCAUCAGGUGACCGGUGGUAUCGGUAACCAUGGCAACAGCACCACGCAGUCACAAUCUCCGCGAGAAUACUCCGCCAUGACAGCUUCAACCAAUGAACUCGUGCUUACGUUUGACAUGCUCCCGCAAGAGAUGAAGUUACAGAUAUUUUCCUACCUUGGUGCCAAGGAUCUUUGCACCUGCGCACAUGUGUCCAAACACUGGCAGUGCCUGACCUCCUUGGAUUUCCUGUGGAACCGUUUGCUCAGGAGGGACGUCAAGACGUGGAACACGAUUAGCUACGACACCAACCCGGACUUGUGUAAAGAAUUCGAGCCACCCUGGACCCAUAAGAAAAUUUACCGACAUUGCUGUCCAGCCUUGCAGAAACCGAAGUCUUCAGGAUGGAAUCUCAAUUCUUUACUCUCGACAUUCUUCCAAAUGACCACCCCCAAGAUCGGAAUCUUUGGACCUGGUCUCGAGUCGAAAACCAGCAAGAUUAUCACUCACAUAUUGUCUGAUCCUACCAAAGUGUUCCAGCAGAACGGCGUCGUUCCAGGUUCAUUUUCUGGUGUUGGUUCUUUUUUCCUGAUGAGCAUCAGUAAUCUAACGUUUAGUUUAACGGUGAUGUAUUCCUGUGCCAAGAAGGACCGGGAGAGGGCGGCACGUCAGGGCCUGCAACAACUCCGGCAUCUGCCUCAGUCUGAACACCUCAAGGCUCUCUGUCGCAGCUUAGAUGCAUUCAUCUUUGUUGUUGAUGCAACGGACAUGCCUUCAAUGCGAUGGGCUGGAACUGAGUUGUUUAACAUGGUUAACGAGAAAAGCUCAUACAGACGGACACCAGUUCUUGUGUUAUGCUGUGUUCCAGAAGAUUCCUCUGAACAAGUGACCACAUCAUCAUCAUCAUCAUCAACAUCAUCGACGCACACAAUGACCUGUUUUGAAGUGGUCAACUCUCUUCAAUUAAUCAAACUUAUCAAACCAUGGCAGGUGUGCAGGUGUGCUAUUGGUAACAUGGACGAAUAUCGCAAAGGAUUUGAGUGGAUUAUCAACAACUGCCAAUAGGUGGCAGGAUUAUCAAUGAUUAUACAAAGAAAACAACCAAUCAGAUUGUUUCUUUUCAAAGUAAUACAAUAUGGCUGUGAUAUUAUUUUGUACUGGAAACUUAAGAAUCUUGUUGUGGUUUUGCUCCAAGUCAGCUCUGACCCAGUAAACUUAUGAUUAAAGAUGAUCCAAUUAUGACCAUUCCAUUUAUUGUUCAGGAGUUUGAAGUCAUUGGGCAACCUCUUGUUGCUGUGAAAUCCCUUGACAAAUGCUCAAAUAUUUGUAUUCAUGAAAAUGGUGCCAAGUCGAAAGCUCUCAGUUUAGGUGUUGGAGAUCUGCAAGGGAGCAUAUGGUCACCCCUUUGGAUGUUUAUAGAAAAAAAUAUCUCACACACGAAUACAUUAGUUUCCUGAUAAUUACAUGAAGCCAGCUUCUAUGAACUCUUCAUGCAAAAUCAGAGACUUGUAUAUUUUGUUGAAUUAAUAUGUAGCAGGAAUAUUUAACAAUCAGAUCACUAUAUCCAUGGUUGUGAUUCGCAAAAACAUUCGACCAAUCAAGACUCCCUGUGGAACCUGUUUCAAAAAUAAAUGUCAUCUUUGGUGUGUACCUCUCUGAGCCUAACUAUCAGUAUGUAUUCAGCGCACCUUAGCUACUACAGGGAGAUGGCGAAAAGACGGUGAACAGCAUCUGACUCAAACCAACAACACAAAAGCAAUAAACAGGCAGCAAAGGUGAGACCUUAAGACAGUAGCACAACCAGCAGCUAACCACAAUGGACAAACAGUGACAGCAACACACAGGGACCAGCUAACAUUUUGACUGCUGCUACAAUCACACCAACCCAAGAAUAAUUAAUUACCUCCAAACUCUACUGAUGUUUUGUUAUGUUUAUGUAAAGAAUAAAUAUUUUGUUAUUCAAAAAUUUCCAAA